CGCGUAGAAAGUGCUGUGCGAAGGCUGGGAAACCUGACGUCCAGUUGAUAGACAGAAGGAUGCCUGAACCUGCGAAAUCUGCCCCUGCCCCUAAAAAGGGCUCCAAAAAGGCUGUAACCAAGACUCAGAAGAAGGGGGAUAAGAAAAGGCGCAAGACCAGGAAAGAAAGUUAUGCUAUUUAUGUGUAUAAAGUAUUGAAACAAGUCCAUCCGGACACUGGCAUUUCCUCAAAGGCAAUGGGUAUUAUGAAUUCGUUUGUGAACGAUAUCUUCGAGCGCAUUGCUGGCGAAGCUUCGCGCCUUGCCCAUUACAACAAGCGCUCUACCAUCACGUCCCGAGAGAUUCAGACGGCCGUACGCCUGCUUUUACCGGGCGAGUUGGCAAAACAUGCCGUUUCCGAGGGCACGAAGGCUGUGACGAAGUACACGAGCUCUAAGUGAAAGUAAGAGCACAAGAUGGACUAAACGGAGGAGAUGCCCACGUUUCUAUAAAGAGGACAACGGAAAUGAUCUGUUUGAUAUCGCAUGAUAGUCCGGGAUUCUUGUUCGUCUUGCGCAAAUAGAGCCUGAUAUAUUUUUUGGAAGGACGUUAAAAAUGUGUUCUGCACUCAUACGCGUGCUUUCCUUUUAAGCAGUGUGAAUUGCUUUCUCUUCCGAUUGUAUGGCCAAAUUUUGUUUUAAUUGUUCCUGUCUUAAUUCAUAACAUAUUUGCAUGUAUGAAGGCUUGCAUAAGGUUGUCACACGACGACCGCGUACGCUGUACCCCAAAUUCUGGAGGUGAAGGGGUGCGCAUAUUAACGUGAUGUGGUUCCAACCCGAAAGCCUAAGGACAGAUGUUAAAAUAAUAUGCUGUAUUGUUCGGAUUAAAAACAAAAUAAACAAACCAUGUCAUAUUCAUGAACAUCUCACAACGAUCUUGUCACCUAGGAUAAACGAAAUAAACACAAUGGCUCUUGUUAACUCCAA